AUGGAAGGGCUACUCACUCCCGUGAGCCAGAAUUACCGUAAAUCUAGCCAGCAUGACGAACUGUUCAAAAUUUCCGAACCCGCUGGACCUGCAUCUAAAACGCAGUCAGAGUUUAGUAGCUCAUCCCCUGAAGAGGCCCUUGAAGCUCUUAAGAGCCAGCCAAGCUAUGAUCUUCUGCUAUCCGUAUUAAAAUACUUACAAAAAGGCUUGCGAGGUGACCACUCCUUCGAUAUCCGAAAGCCAACUCCUCAAAGCGCUCAGAUCAUACAUGUAUUGGUUACUGAGAUUGUUCCCAACUUUUGGACUGUGCUACAAGAUGCAUCCACAGGACGAAGUAAAGGAGACCUCCAUGUGCUAGUCUCCUGCUUGCGGAGCCUUGCAGGUAUCAAUGCUGUAGUGGCAUACCUCCGUGCUUUAUUGAAAGAAGCCAAGUUAGACUCAAAAUCUCUAAAGGAUUCACGAGUUAGUUUCGAUCUGAGCUUCGUCCUGGAGCUUCUCGCCCAUCUCCUUCGUUCACAUGAUGACAUAAAGUACAUAUGGAGUAAUGCUGGCUCUUCAGGGAAUCCGACUCAGAUUCGGCUCGUACGCCAAGAACUUGUUUCAUUAUUUACAAACGGAAAAAUCAUCUCACUCUCAGCAGAAGCGGAGGACAUUUGCCGACAAGCCGGACGAUUGAAGGCUGAAGUUUGGAUUAGCAAUGUUAAGCUCUAUAUCGAUUGGCUUGCUCAAAAUAUAGUGCAUUGGGUUGAAUCAGGGGUCAGCGAAGCUGAACUCAAAGUAUGUGCCGAUAUAUUGACACGUGGAAUGCGGUUAGGCUAUUCAGAGGGUCUUAUUAAUACGUUAAUAACGGGGUUGCUUCUUCGAAACGUCGAAAACUAUGAAACUUUUGAGAAUUUAUUGAGCUCUCUUCCAACUCUUGAGCAGCGGAAAUUCCUCAGUUUAGCCCUGAAGCUACUUUCGGACAAAUACCUAAACUCCAUACACGACACUAGUGAGAUAAAAGACGCCCCUAUUAUUCAAGCUACAUCUAGAGUCUUGAAGGCGAUAAUAGGAAACGAUGAAACUCGGAAGAACCAUCUCUUGAACUGGUUAACGAGCGGAUCUGGCGCGGGGAUUGGCGAAGGAUAUGGCAUCAGACGGGCUGCCGUCGCCGUUUUUUGCGAUGACAAGGAAUUCAUAACAACUAUCUUGGAGAAAAGCCUAAGCCAGUUCGGUGACAAACUAUAUAUCAAGCAUGCCCCCUUGCUCCAACAAGACGCACAUGCCCAAGUACUACUUCUCAGUGCUGGGUACGUUCAUAGACUUGUGCCAAUAAAGCUUACUAUUAUAUUACGGUCAAGUGUUUACUUAAACGCUGUAUCUAAUCGAAUUGCCGCGUCGCAAAACCGUGCCCGUUUCCUGGGAAUGGUGGUUGGAGAGGCUCUUUCGGGACUUGUUCAUGGCAAGGAGACAAAACUUGACUUCAAGAUGGACGAGAUGGAUACGGAAGAAGCAAAAUGGUAUAAAUCGUUGGUCCAACUGUCUGACAAACCUGGUCCUUUAGAUCCACUAAGGGAAAUGGACAUCCUACCGAAACCCUCCAAUGUCCCUAAGAUAACAAGACCCUCGGUGGCACCCGCACGACGGGCUGGGAAGCCGCCUCUCCAGUCAGGUUUCAUUAUCGAAGAAAUUCAAGACGAUGAAGAUGAAGACCCAGGUCUAGUACCGUAUGUGAAGCCUGAUUCGGACGCCGAAGACUCAGAUGAUGACCCUACACUCAUUAAUCGUGAUAAGCCUAAGGCUCCUGUCUAUGUUCGCGAUCUCAUUACCUAUUUCCGGGAUAUAGAGAACUAUGACCGUCAAAAGCUCGCUUUAACGACAGCCCCUACUCUGAUUCGUAGGAAAGCGAACUAUGGAACGGAGGUCAGUUCUCACGCAGAAGAGCUUGCUACUCUCCUCGUCGGCUUACAAGACAAAUACGAACUCGACAACUUUGAUGAUCUACGUCUACAGGGGAUGGUUGCAAUCGUGGUUGCGCAGCCAAAGAAGAUGGGCCAGUGGUUCGCUAAGACAUUCUUUGAUGGAGACUAUUCGUUGUCACAGCGCGCGUCCGUACUCAUGGUGUUGGGCCUUGGUGGUCGAGAGAUAGCGGGCUUUGAAGCAUCUGAAUAUGGAUCUACGGCACAAUUUCCGUCUAAGAUGCUUCCCGCCAGAGUCGAAAAGUUUUAUGCUGCAUCCUCGCCGUCGAAUAGGCUUGAAUCUGGAGCAUAUAACUUGAAGGCCCUCCCUCCUAAUGCGCUAGAUAACCUUGCCAAGUCUCUCUCGCAGACCUUCCUGGCCCCACUAGCCGCUGAAGCAGCGGACUCGGUAACAGGGCCAGACGCACUCAAGCUUUCAUCCUUCACAUCGCGUCUACAGUCGCAGUCUUCAAACACUGGGAAAAGCAAGGCCAAGCCGCGCAUACGCGCUAUACCCAACACGACAGCCUCCCUUAUAGCAUCGUCAUUCUUCUUCCCCUUGACCUCGCGUUUCCAGGCAGCGAUGCAUUCGGCAUCUGCUACGACAAGGGGCAUUCUGUUCCAGCCAUACUUACUCACCCUCUACCUUAAAACGCUAGCUAUCCUCUUACACGCAGCGGGCCCCAGCACGCUCGCGCUUCCGCAGAUGACAUCUGAGUUCUGGGAUCUGCUCCUCGGCGUUCGAGGGCAAUGUGUCGGCGAUCUGAGCAUCACACAGGCUGUGCUCUUCGGGCUGGUAGCCCUGUUAGAUGUCAAUGAGGGCGACAUGCGUGGUCUCUGCGAGAGACAGGGGCGCGAGGUUGUAGAGAGCGUCGAGUGGGUGAGCGCCGUCUUCAACAAUACGCGGGGUGGCGAUGUUGGCGGCAAAGGCGGCGGCGAGGAGAACGAAGUCAAGAUGUUGGCUGCUGGUGUUCUUAUCCGCUUGCGUGAGGCGGUGGAUAAGUACCAGGCUGUUCUGAUGGGAGACUUGAUAGGCUUUACGUAG